CCCCACGCAUCCCCGCACUAAUUCAAAGCCCGUGGGAAAAAAAAGGGUCGUGAGAUGAUCUUCCUCUCCUUCACUCUCAUCUUUUCUUAAAUAUACCUAUCAUUAUUAAUCCUUGCUCUAUCACAAUGAAGCUCCUCUACCCUACCUCCGUGAAACUCGACGUGCAGAGUCUGCAGGGAUUCUCCGUCUCUCUCCAUCCCUAUGAUGUCAAGUCCGCCAUCCCGGAGGAACAUGUCGACGCCGAAAUUCUGGUCACUUGGGCCAACAGCGCAGAUAAUCUGAAGGAUGCCGCACAGCGUCUGAAGAGCUUGAAAUGGAUCCAGUCUCUCGCUGCCGGUCCCAACGAUGUCCUGGCCGCCGGGUUCGACGCUUCCAAAAUCAUCAUCACCACCGGUGUCGGUCUACACGACUUUCCUGUUGCGGAGCACACUCUUGGCCUGUUGCUCAACGGAGCACGACACUUUUACGAAAUGCGCGACUAUCAACUGCAGUCCAAGUGGCCCGGCCAUCUGGGCGGCUCGUUCCCGCGGUCUGAUUUCACCACCUUGCGCGGUUCUCGCGUGCUCAUUUGGGGCUUUGGAAGUAUUGCGAAGACUCUCACUCCCUACUUGACAGGCCUCGGAGCCAACGUUCGAGGAAUCGCCCGGAGCCAGGGUGUGCGAAAUGGCGUCGAAGUCUACGCCGAGGACAAGCUUCCCGAGCUUCUUCCCGAGACGGACGCUCUUGUUAUGAUCUUGCCAGGCUCCGACUCAACGGUCAACGUGCUGAAUGCCGAGAGAUUGAAGCUGCUGCCCAAGCAUGCUUGGGUUGUCAACGUGGGUCGUGGUGUUUCGGUCGAUGAAGAUGCUCUCGCGGAUGCCCUGGAGAAGGGUGAGAUUGCCGGAGCAGCAUUGGAUGUUUUCAAGGAAGAGCCUCUUCCUGAGUCAAGUAGACUCUAUAAGACGCCGAACCUGAUUCUCUCCCCUCAUGCUGCCGGUGGAAGACCCCAGGGCUGCGAGGGGUUGAUUGCGGAUAAUCUGCGACGGUUCUUGGCCGGACAGCAGCUGAAGAAUGUGAUUUAAGAGAUUGGAUAAUCUAGAGAACGAAAGAAUAGAAUAGAUUGGUUUUUUUCCACGGGCUAGAAAUUUGUUCAAACAAAGGUUUACGGGAUGUUGAUGUCUCUACCAUGUUACGAUAUAUCCUCGCAUCUCAGGGUGGUGGAACGACCGACCUUACGAUAUUAUACCUGAAGAUGAUUCGUAUGCAAAGUGAGAGGAGGAUCUGAAUUGAGAACGAG